GGAGGCGCGGAAGUCUCAGUGGCUCCCCGGGCCGGCCUCCGACGGCGCAGACUGCCGGCGCCCGCCGCCCACCCCCGCCGCCCUCUUCCCGCACCUCCGGCCCCGGCCCCGGCGCGCUCUCUCCUCCUCUACCGCGCGCCCUCUCGCCCUCUGUCCGGCCGCCGCGCGCUCCCGCUGGCUCCGGACCCUGCGUCUCCGCCAACCGGGAGAGCCGGAGGGGCCCCUCUCCGCGCGCGGAAGCUGCGGGCCCAGGGCGCCCGAGGCCGGGGCAGGGUCCCCGCGCGCCGCGGAGUGGGCUGUGAUUGGAGGAGGAGCCCGUGCCGGGCGGGCCCGAGCGGGUGCCGAGCCGGUGCCUCCAGUCUGCCCCGCGCGCGGAGCUGCGCCUACUGGGUCCCCCAGAACCCGCGGGCGCCCGGCAGCCGAGCGCAAGUCGUUUCGGAUGCACACGCCCGGGUCCCUGGCGUCUGACGGCGCGGGGAGGGCAGCGAGGCCCCAGGUACCUAUUACACCAUUCUUUGGCGAAGGCUAUUCAGCAGUGGUGACCUCUUCCAAUCCUAUACUCUACAAAUUAUUAUCUCUGGACUUCCAGCUGACACCCUGCCGGAGGCAAGAGCUACUAAGCCAACUGGAACUGUGCCUUUUCUCUUGUCAAGGUUUUUUUCUUACACAGGAAAAAGAAAGAAAAAAAAAAGAUGAAGUUGGGCAAAGUGGAGUUCUGCCAUUUUCUGCAGCUAAUAGCUCUUUUCCUGUGUUUUUCUGGGAUGAGUCAAGCAGAACUCUCAAGGUCCAGAUCAAAGCCCUAUUUCCAAACAGGGAGGUCCCGGACCAAGCGCAGCUGGGUGUGGAAUCAGUUCUUUGUUCUGGAGGAGUACAUGGGUUCAGACCCCCUCUAUGUAGGAAAGCUCCACUCUGAUGUUGAUAAAGGAGAUGGUUCCAUCAAAUACAUCUUGUCAGGCGAAGGGGCAAGUUCCAUUUUCAUUAUUGAUGAGAACACUGGGGAUAUUCAUGCCACCAAGAGACUGGAUCGUGAGGAGCAGGCCUACUACACGCUCCGAGCUCAAGCACUUGACAGGCUCACCAACAAACCCGUGGAGCCCGAGUCGGAGUUUGUCAUCAAAAUUCAGGAUAUCAACGACAAUGAACCCAAAUUUUUGGAUGGCCCAUACACAGCAGGAGUUCCUGAAAUGUCUCCUGUGGGGACCUCAGUUGUACAAGUGACAGCCACAGAUGCUGAUGAUCCUACGUAUGGCAACAGUGCCAGAGUGGUCUACAGUAUUCUGCAAGGACAGCCAUACUUCUCAGUGGAGCCAAAGACAGGAGUCAUCAAGACUGCCCUUCCAAACAUGGAUAGAGAGGCUAAAGACCAGUAUUUGCUUGUUAUUCAGGCAAAAGAUAUGGUUGGUCAAAACGGAGGACUGUCAGGAACUACAUCAGUCACUGUGACCCUAACUGAUGUCAACGAUAACCCACCUCGCUUUCCUCGAAGGUCUUACCAAUAUAAUGUCCCGGAAUCAUUGCCUGUAGCCUCAGUUGUUGCCAGAAUUAAAGCUGCCGAUGCAGACAUUGGAGCUAAUGCUGAAAUGGAGUACAAAAUUGUGGAUGGUGAUGGACUGGGCAUUUUUAAGAUCUCUGUUGACAAAGAGACACAGGAAGGAAUCAUUACUAUACAGAAGGAGCUGGAUUUUGAAGCCAAAACAAGUUACACGCUACGGAUAGAAGCUGCAAAUAAAGAUGCCGACCCUCGAUUUCUAAGCUUGGGUCCAUUCAGUGACACGACAACCGUGAAGAUAAUUGUGGAAGAUGUGGAUGAGCCCCCGGUGUUCUCUUCACCUUUGUACCCUAUGGAGGUGUCAGAAGCUACGCAGGUUGGAAAUAUCAUUGGCACUGUAGCAGCUCAUGACCCAGAUUCUUCCAAUAGCCCUGUGAGGUACUCAAUUGAUAGAAACACAGACUUGGAGAGAUACUUCAAUAUUGAUGCCAACAGUGGAGUUAUCACAACUGCCAAGUCUUUGGAUCGAGAGACAAAUGCCGUUCACAAUAUCACCGUCCUUGCAAUGGAGAGCCAGAAUCCAUCUCAAGUAGGAAGAGGCUAUGUGGCCAUCACAAUACUUGACAUCAAUGAUAAUGCCCCUGAAUUUGCCAUGGACUAUGAGACCACCGUCUGUGAAAAUGCCCAGCCAGGGCAGGUUAUCCAGAAAAUCAGUGCUGUUGAUAAAGAUGAGCCAUCCAAUGGACACCAGUUUUACUUCAGCUUAACAACGGAUGCAACAAAUAACCACAACUUUUCAUUGAAAGAUAACAAAGACAACACAGCCUCGAUACUGACCAGGAGAAACGGCUUCCGGAGACAGGAACAAUCGGUUUACUAUCUGCCAAUUUUCAUUGUGGACAGCGGAUCUCCUUCACUUAGCAGUACCAACACCCUCACCAUCCGAGUGUGUGACUGUGACGCCGACGGCAUAGCCCAGACCUGCAAUGCAGAGGCCUAUGUCUUACCUGCUGGCCUUAGUACAGGAGCUCUGAUAGCAAUACUUGCCUGUGUCUUGACAUUAUUGGUGUUGAUCCUCCUAAUUGUCACUAUGAGAAGACGGAAAAAAGAGCCCCUUAUUUUUGAUGAAGAAAGAGACAUCAGAGAAAAUAUCGUGAGAUAUGAUGAUGAGGGCGGGGGGGAACAGGACACGGAAGCAUUUGACAUGGCUGCACUGAGAAACCUCAACGUCAUCCGAGACGCCAAGACCCGGAGGGAUGUGACUCCAGAAAUUCAGUUCCUGAGUCGACCAGCUUUUAAAAGCAUCCCAGAUAAUGUCAUCUUUAGGGAAUUUAUUUGGGAAAGACUAAAAGAAGCUGAUGUUGAUCCUGGUGCUCCUCCUUAUGACUCUCUGCAGACAUAUGCCUUUGAAGGAAAUGGCUCAGUUGCUGAAUCACUCAGCUCUUUAGAUUCCAUCAGCUCAAACUCUGAUCAGAACUAUGACUACCUUAGUGACUGGGGACCUCGCUUUAAACGACUCGCGGACAUGUAUGGGACUGGCCAAGAGAGUUUGUACUCAUAGCCUUGGAACCUUAAUUUGAAAUGUACUGAAGAAAAAGUAGCAGCAAAAAGAAAAGAAAA